AUGAUUUCAUUUUCCAGACGCUUGCAUGUCUUUGACGUGAAGCUGCCGGAACUGGACACGAUUCCUUUGUGCAUGGAACAAUGGUCUCAUCCUCUGGGAGGCCGGUAUUAUUCAGCAGCGUCCAUGAUUUUCAUCUACAUCAUCCCGAUAACGACCGUGUCCCUGGCUUACAAGAAGAUUUGCGUCAAGCUUCGAAACCGACUGGGAACGAAAAUCAUGAACAAGACGUCGUCAACUCGAAAAGCACAGAUGGAAGAUCAGAAAAUUUCGCGCACCAACAAACUCCUGGCGUCGAUGGCGUUGGCAUUUUGCAUCAGCUGGCUGCCACUCAACGUCGUCAACAUUCUGGACGACUUCGACGUGAUCAAAUACCCGAAUCGAGCCACCAAGUUCACCAUCUUCGCUCUUUGCCACAUGACCGGCAUGAUAUCAGCGUGUAUCAAUCCGAUCCUCUACGGAUACCUCAACGAGAAUUUCCGCAAAGAGUUCCACGAAAUGUACGUUUCGUGCCGUGGUUCCUCGAUGCCGAGACGAGACAAGAGCAUGGACAGCAAACGCAGCACUUGGAUGCGAGAGACCACCAACAACAUGGAAAAGGACGGUAACGAAGAAUCAUGGAAUUCGACUCAAAGUGUCAUGAGUCGAAGAGUGGCGUUCUCAGUAGCAAAAUACGUGCUAUGCAGAAAUACAAUGAGAGUUAGUGAAAUCAUUUUUUUUUUACUCCAACAGCAGAUGGAAGAUCAGAAAAUUUCGCGCACCAACAAACUCCUGGCGUCGAUGGCGUUGGCAUUUUGCAUCAGCUGGCUGCCACUCAACGUCGUCAACAUUCUGGACGACUUCGACGUGAUCAAAUACCCGAAUCGAGCCACCAAGUUCACCAUCUUCGCUCUUUGCCACAUGACCGGCAUGAUAUCAGCGUGUAUCAAUCCGAUCCUCUACGGAUACCUCAACGAGAAUUUCCGCAAAGAGUUCCACGAAAUGUACGUUUCGUGCCGUGGUUCCUCGAUGCCGAGACGAGACAAGAGCAUGGACAGCAAACGCAGCACUUGGAUGCGAGAGACCACCAACAACAUGGAAAAGGACGGUAACGAAGAAUCAUGGUGA